AUGCUGGGGUCAGUCUUAUUCACGGCCUUGGCCCUCUUGGGUUCGGCAUGUGCCCAACAGUCAGAAACCUUCACGAACCCCGUCCUAUACGAGGACUUCCCGGACAAUGACAUCUCCAUGGGGCCAGACGGCGCUUAUUACUACUCGGCGUCCAACUUCCACUACAGCCCCGCCGCCCCUAUUCUCCGGUCCUACGAUCUCGUCGACUGGGAAUUCGUCGGGCACUCGAUCCCACGCCAGAACUUUGGCGAUGGCUACGACCUGCCGCCCACCGGCGAGCGGGCCUACCGCGGCGGGACCUGGGCGUCGACGCUGCGCUACCGCGAGAGCAAUAAGACAUGGUACUGGAUCGGAUGCACCAACUUCUGGAUCACCUGGGUGUUCACGGCGCCGAACCCGGAGGGCCCCUGGACCCAAGCAGCCAACUACGGCGGCGGGGUCUGCUUCUACGACAACGGCCUGCUGAUCGACGACGACGACACCAUGUACGUCGUCUACACCUACGACGGCGGCAAGCAGGUCAACGUGACCCAGCUCGCCCCGGACGGCCUCAGCACCGUGCGAACCGAGAAGGUCCUCGAGCCCGGCCAGGUCGGCGUCGACGACGUCGAGGGCAACCGCAUGUACAAGAUCAACGGGCUCUACUACAUCCUCAACGACCACCCCGGCAGCACCGCCUACGUCUGGAAAUCCACCUCCCCCUGGGGCCCCUACGAAGGCAAGCCCCUCGCCGACAACGUCCAAAGCCCCCUUCCCGGCGGCGGCGCCCCCCACCAAGGCAGCCUGAUCGAAACCCCCCAAGGCGACUGGUACUUCAUGUCCUUCACCUGGGCCUUCCCCUCGGGCCGGCUGCCCGUGCUCGCGCCCAUCACCUGGCAAGACGACGGCUUCCCAACCCUCGUCACCAACGCCACGACCGGCGCCUGGGGCACUUCGUACCCGCUCCCACUCCCGCGCAAACCCCUCAACUACACCUGGUCGCAAACCCACUACCCCUUCACCACGCUGACCACCCUCCCGCCCGCCUUCGAAUGGAACCACAACCCGGACACGGCCGCCUACACCCUCACGCCGGACACCGGCCUGGUCCUGCAAACGGCCACGGUCAACACCACCGACGACCUCUACGCGGCGCGCAACACGCUGACGCACCGUGUGCACGGGGAAUUCCCGACUGCCACGCUCGAGCUAAAUCGACAUCAACAACCGCCGACCUGGGAGCCUACAUCUCCCAAGUCUACCACGAAAACAACGACAGCAACACCGCAUCAACAAUUUAUGCCGUCACACCACCGCCCACCACCUCCAUCCCCCGCCAAAACACCACCACCAGCUACACCACCCCCGCCGCCGCCGCCGCCGCCACCACCCCCCCUCUCCCCCAUCACCACAAACACCCACCGCCACUACCACCACCCCCUCGCCUGCACACCCACAGCCCCCCAACUCCACCGCAACCGACCCAACCGCAUCCUCCUGUACCCCGGAUGUUUCAACCCGCCACACCUCGCCCACCACACCCUCCUCCACCAAGCCUACGCCAGCACCCACGCCGACCUGUGCGUGGUAGCCGCCAUGGUGCUGCCGCUGGACGACGACCGGCUUGAGGCGAAGGAGGAGAAGCGGGGACGUCGACGUCAAUGUCGAUAUCGGGGGGAGGCGUGCGAGCGCGAGUGGGAGCGCAAGCGGGCGGGGGUGCGGGGGCAGUGCGGGGAGGGUCUUGGUGUUAGUGGUGAAGGCGACGGUGCCGGGUGGGGGGGUGAUGGGACCGCUGAUGCUGAUGCUGACGCUGACUCUGUCGUUGCUGGCGAGAGGGAGGGGUUGUUUCUGACGCGGGCGCAGCGCGUGGCGUUGUGGAGGGGUCGUCGUCCGCCCGCCGGGGCUGCCGGGGCUGGUGACGGUGGGGGUUUGAGUGGGGAUGCGUGGAUGUCGGUGUAUGACCAGAGCGAGGAGGAGUGGCACCGGUUUCGGGAGCGGCUGGUCGAUGCGGUGGAACGGGACGGGUUUGAGCUGGAGUUUGUUUGCCUGCUCGGGGCGGACUAUGUCGGGCGUGGUCGGGUGCCGUGGGAUUCGUGGGAUUGUAACGGGAUCGUGAUGGGCGAGGUCGGCAGGGAAGUGGACUUCGUGGCGAGGGACGCGGAUGGCGGGCGUCGGAUGUUGUCGCUGGCGUGGUGCAAGAAGUGGGAGCCGGUGGGGGAGGAUGAGGAUCAGCAGGGCGCAGGCACAUCCACAAAGGACAUAAGACUGUGGCAGUGGAUGUGUCGUGGAAAACACGGUGAGGGCCAGGGCCAGUGGGUUCGAUAUGUCCCAUGCCCUGACGACGGGCAGAAGGUACACACUGGCAGAUCGACAAGGAUCCGCGAUAUGAUCGCGAGCUGCUCUUCUGGGCAGUUGCUCGAGAGGCUCGAAGGCGCGGCCAUGAAUCCUGACAUGCUGGCGGAGUUUGUCAUGGAUGCAAAAGGGGCGUCGAGUUCAAGUCUAUUGGUUCUUUAA